AUGUAUGUGAAAUGGUUUGAUACAGUAAUGUUUUACUAUGUGAUUUUAGUGAUUUUAGUGAAUGUCACUUUUUGUCAUUUUCAAAUUUCCCGCCGUUCCGUCCCCCGUACGCCCCGACGCUCGCAUGGGAUGGAACCCAGAUGACAGAUGCCGGCAUCCGCCAGAUUACAUUGCGGGAGCGCAGGACAAGGUAAGAGAAGAACAGAUCCCGGUGCAGCGCCGCAUGGUAAGCCCGAGUGUAGCUCGGGGUUAACGCUUGUGCUACACUCAGGAAUACCGCCAGGGAGGUUAAAGCUAA